UAAAGAUUUUAGACAUUCAGAGGUACUCUUAAACUUACUGCCAAUCCUGCAAGGACACGGCUUCCAUGAAAUGGUUCCUAGACUUCUUCUCUCUGUGUCCUCUCGUAGUCAAUGUUACAAGUCAACUUUAUAUUUCCAGAGCAGACCAGUCCUUAGACGAAAAUCAUGGCGGAGGGAAUCAGCUUUCGAGGUAUGGAUGACACGAGGACCACUGAGCUGACAGAAAUUUUCCGCGAAAAGGAAGAAGGCCUAAGACACCAGGUCCUUGGUAUUGAUAAAGAGGUUAGGGAGCUGGGAAUGAAACUUGAUAAGAUGGAUGUUAAGUUUGAGGAAUUGAAAGAGCUGAUAAUGAGCUUUCGAAACCAAGGGAGCACAGUGGUUAAGUUGGAGACUAGUGCAACAUCAGAGGAUACUGGAUUAAAAUCUAACUGCAUGGAAGAGGUUCAGAACCGAUGUCCUACUUGUAGACGAGAGCUGAGAGAUAUUAGGUGCCUGGCACUGGAGAAUGCAGCAGGAUCGCUUGAACUUCCAUGUGAGUAUUACACGCUGGGAUGUCUGGAGAUAUUUCCCUAUGACAGCAGCAAGAUCAAACACGAAAGAGUCUGCAGUUUUAGACCAUUCAGUUGCCCUUAUGCUGGAUCAGAAUGCACUGUAAUUGGUGAUAUCCCUCUUUUGGUUUCUCAUCUGCGCGAUGACCACAAAGUGGACAUGCACACUGGAUGUACUUUUAACCACCGAUACCUCAAAACAAAUCCCCGCGAAGUUGAAAAUGCCACUUGGAUGCUAACAGUCUUUCAUUGUUUUGGUCAGUAUUUCUGUCUUCACUUUGAAGACUUCCAACUAGGCAAGUCCCCUGUAUACAUAGCGUUUCUGCGGUUCAUGGGUGAGGAGGCUGAUGCUCCCAAUUACAGUUACAGCUUAGAGGUAGGAGAAAAUGAAAUGAAAAUUAAAUGGGAGGGUACACCACGUAGUAUCCGUGAUAGCCACCAGAAGGUUAGAGACAGCCAUGAUGGCCUAAUUAUUCAGAGAAACAUAGCACUAUUCUUGUCUGGAGGAGAGCGGAAGGAGCUGAAGCUUAAAGUUACAGGAAGAAUCUGGAAAGAAGAACAGAAUUCGGAGGCUGGAGUGUGCACACCAAAUCUCUGUAGCUAAAAUUACUUAAUUUAUUCGGAGGCUGGGAUAAUAAAUUUAUGUUUGUGAUGACAUAAACAGAACUAUUUCCCUAAAUAAUUUGUAAACACAA